AUGGAUAGAGACAGAGAUCCAAGAGACGAUAGAUACACCUACCGCCCUGGUCGCUCGCCUCCGCCACGCGACAGUUAUCGAGCGCGAUCACCUCCUCGGCGUCCUUUGCCCGUCGCAGACACCUAUGUUCCUGGAAAUAGACCUGCUAGACCCCGAAGCCGCUCUCCUGGAUUCCGCCGUAGAUCAAGAAGCCCGCCGCGGGGCGAGAGUUGGAGAGCGAGGCCGAGAUCCCCGAUGCGACGUGCAUACUCGCCGAGACGCGAUGACUACAGAAACGAUACCCGGGCCAGAUCUCCUCCUCGUCGCGAAUAUGAGUCUUACAGGCGCUCCCCUCGUCCUGUCAGGGAGCGAUCGCCUCUACCCCUAAAGCGUCCACGAGACAUCUCGCCCGCUCGGAGCCGUGGCAUGCGCUCGCCACCACCCGCCAAGAGAGAGAGGAUAGAGUCACCACCUGCGCGUGGUAGAUACGACGAGCCGCGCUCUCGCGCUGCAACGUACGUCGAUUUCGACGCUGUGAAACCCGCCGAAGGGCGUACAUGGCUACCGACCAAUCCUCCCGAUACUGAUCUACCUUUCAGACCUCCUCGUCGAGCAUACUCCCCCCCUCCACGCGACAACCGAGACUACCGUCGUCGCUCGCCCUCCCCUCGUCGCGAACCUCGAGCCGACCCUUAUGCUGCGGAUACUUGGAGGAGACGCUCGCCAUCACCUGUUCGACAAGCAUAUCCGACAAAUGACGCCUCCGGUCGCGGAUCUGCAGCGACUUCGCGCCGUUCGUCUCCUCCAGUGCACCAGAGCAGAGUAGCGUUGGUCCCUGACGAGCCCCGUGGUCGGCCGGAGCCAAUAUCUCCGGCGCCUCGCUCCCCAUAUCGUUCUGUCGAAUCUGAGCCAGUGCGUGAACGACGGUCUCCCCCCACUGGACCGCGUGAGAGAGAGUUCUCAAAUGGUGUGCCUCCCACCGGCCCGGCCUUCCGCAAUGGUGACGGCUUCUCUCGCGCUCCGCCAACUGGUCCAGCUCCGAAUAGGCCAGCGUCAAGAAACUACGGACCACCAGCUAUGACGCCUCCCAUGGGGCCUUCUUCAAACUCGAUGUCUACUGGUCCCCGAGCACAUAACCCUGUGUUGGCUCCUCCAAUGCGUCCGCGCGGAGGUGGCGGCAGAGGAGGCUAUGCCGGAGAUUAUGCUCCUCGAGAAUACGGAGGCGGACCACCACCAGCUAGACGUGGCUCAGGCCACUGGGCUGGAGGCCGUGGUGGCCCUGGAGGUGCUCCUUACUAUCCCAACAGCGGUCCGCCAUCUGGCCCACCAGCUGGUCCUCGCGGUGGCGGCGUCGUAGGUGGUCCUCAGCCUUUCGCUCCACCGUUUCGCGGGUCCAGCAACAGCACAUCUACGACCUACCCACGUACUCAGCGGUUCCAGAACCAUCUCGCCGACUUGCCGAAGAUUGUGGAUGGGGGUAAGUUGGCGCCGGAGCUGUUCGAUAAGAGCAAGCUCUCGAAGCUGGAGGAAGAGGCGCGGAAGUUGCGUGAACUAAUUGAGAUUAAGCAGGCGAAGAAGCGACAGACUUUGAGAGAGUGGGAAACAGGCGAGCGCGAGUGCGACAACAACACGCUCAGGGCGGAGCUGGCCGAGCAGCAUUUGAAGUCAUUGAAUGGCGAGAACGAUGUUGGUGGUGCUGCCUUCUAG